AUGACUGCUCCCACUUUAAAGGCAGAAGAAGGGGAUGAUGAGGACGAUUUAAGGAAAAAGAAAAAUAACCAUUUUUUUUUUUUCUCCAAAAGUGAAAAAAAUGUGAGUGCGAAGAAAAUCCCCAAAAGUAAAAAUGAGGUAGACGACAUCAACUUUUACGAAGAAGAACCAUACUUAGAUGAUAAAGUUAAUGACGUGGAUUACAUCAUUUUGAUAAUCCAUGGAAUAGGAUCUAAUGAAGAGAUCAUCAUUAAUCAGUGUGAAGAUCUCAAAAAUAGUUUCAAAAUUGUAAAAAAAAUGUGGUUUUUUGAUUAUCCUUUUAAUAUCCAUUUCCACAUAUUCAACUGGAAGAAGUACAUAAUAGACGCACAGAUUCACGUCUUCAACCGGAUAAACAUCAACACCAUGGCGGAGACCCGAAAAAUAGUGAACCUCUCAGCGGGGGACAUCAUAUGCUUCCUACACCCAAGAUAUGGAGAUUAUAUAAUGUCAAAUCUGUACAAUGAUAUAAACAAGGCACUAGAGUCUUUAAAGAAUGUAAUUUUUAAAAUGAGAGAUUGGGCAAACGAUCCAAGCGGAAGGUUCAAAAAUUCGAAGGUCUGCCUGUUGGGAUACUCCCUCGGGAGCGCUAUGGCGUACGAAAUUUUACAUAAUGUCAAAGUAAGAAUCAGUGACAGCGACCUAAAGUACCACCUGAAAAGUAAAAUUGACUACUUCUUCAUGUUGGGAAGCCCCCUUAGUGCAUUACUAUCAUUGUACAAACCAGAUUACAUAAACGAGGGGUUAAGGUUAAUCGAGGGGAUCAAAUUUUACAACCUUUUUCAUGGGUUUGAUCCCGUUGCAUUCAGAAUAGAACCGCUCAUAUAUCCCAAAAUAAAGAACAUCCCAGAACCCGUUUUGAUAAAUUACUGGAGAAAUAAUGGAGCUAGAUACUGGUUUGAGUGGGAUAAAAAUAUGCAAAAUGCAAAAAUAGCUAUUGUCCAAAAUUUAAAUGAUUUUACAUCUGCCAUCACGAAUGGGUUCUACAAAUUUAUCGGCAAAUCUGAAUCGAAUGAAGAAGAACAAGCGGUUGCAAAAUCACACUUUAAUUAUUUCAUAAUAAAGGACAUUUCAUUUUUCAUACUUAAGGAGCUACUAAACAGGACGGUAACCCUAAGCUAUGAGGAUUACCUGACUCAAAUAGAACAAGAAUAUAACAACAAGUCGCUAAACGAACAAGAUCAUGCUAAAAAGGAACGGUACUUGAAGAUAUCCUUCAAGGCGAGCAAAUCGCUUGACGAGUUUCGUAGGUAUGAGAAGAAUGUACAAGCCAUGUCGGAUCCGUUUAACAUGAAAAAUUUUAAAAAUCUCAUUUGA